AUGUCACUGUUACUUCUAGAUUCAUUAAAGGAUGGUCUUGAUGAUCAAUAUGUUCAUUUAUUAGACCAAAACCCUGAAUUUUACAAGGAUGCCGAGGAUUACCUUCUAGAGUUACUAAUAAAUGAUGAUUUAUUAUCUACUGAUCCAUUUUACACUUCAACCACUCCAUCUACAAUUGAAGAUUCGGCUAGUAGUAAAAAGACAUUAACUGAAGAAAUUGCCGAAUUAGAUCUGUCACAGUAUCAAAUAAAUACCAAACUAUCAUCAUUGACUAAUUCCAAUCGAGAUUUAAUUAUUGAUAUAAGUAAUGAUUUACAAUUUGUUAAUCAUCAAUUAAGUAAUGAAUAUCAACAAUAUUCAGAUAAUUUAUUAAAAAUCUUGGGAAAUGAACUUAAAAUUGAACCAAUUGUAUCACAAUUCAAUAUUAAAUCAAACAUUUCAAUUAAUAAUACAAUAUUAUAUAAGAUAGAUUCAGUGUUAGAUAUUUUGGAAUUACCUACAUUAUGUAAAUUAUGUAUUUUACAAGGAAAUUAUCAAGAAAGUUUGGAAAUAUCAAUUUAUAUUCAAAGUUUAAUGAUUAGAUAUCCUAAAAUUUCCUUAUUUAAACAAAUCCAUCAAAAAAUUGAUCAUGAAUUAAAAGUUAUGAUUAAAGGUUUAAUAAAACUUUUAAAUACAAAUUUAAAGCAAAAUCAUAUUUUAAAAAUUUUUCAAAUUUUAAAUAAAUUAUUUGAUAAUAAUAAUGGUAAUGAUUUAAAUAAUGAUUUAGUAUUAAUUAAGAUUUUCUUGAAUUCAAGAUAUAAAUUCAUAAUUAAUGAAGUUGGAAGUUUAAAGCCAUUAAUUAAAUUUAAUAAAUUGACUUAUUUGAAAAGAUUUAUUGAAAUUUAUCGUGAAUUUAUAUUUAAUUCAUUAUCUAUUUAUCAUAUUAUUUUUAAAAAUAAUCAACAAGUGGUUUUAAUUAAUCAAUUUAUUAGAAGUUUGAUUGGAUUAUUAUGUAAUGAAUUUAAAUUAUAUUUACCUGAUAUUAAAGCUCAAAAUACAGAUGAUUCAUAUGAAUCUGAAAUUGAUUUAGCAAGUUCAAUUGAUGGAUUGAUUUUACAAUUGAUUUAUCUUUGUCGAUCAUUAUCUAAUUUCAAUUUAGAUUUUGAACCUAUAAUAUUACUGGAAUUGGUUACUUCAAAUAAUCUCAUCUCCGAAUCAGAUUGGUUACGUAAUUUAUCAAAAGUUAAAAUCAAACAUAGAUGA